CCAGCGUCGCAACUGGGCGAUGCGCCUCCAAGCAGAUCCUCUACCUUUCUGGAUUUGACAUUCCCAUCGCAGCCUGCAUCCUCACAUCUGAGUGACAUUCAGCCGUCAGUGAUUUCCUCAGCUUGCGUCAGUCUAAUUUUGACAGAAAACUAUUCACAAGACAAGGUUUUCGGCUGUAUAUCCGAAAACUGACCACUCGCAACAGGCAUUUUAUUCCCUCUUGAACGAUCCCCUGUGGGAGGAUUUGCUUUCAAAAUAUUUUAUUUUGAAACCAGCCAGAGACAGCUGAUAACUUGAUCGGAGAUGGUUCAGGAAACGCCGGACAAACUCGCUUGAUUUGGGUGAUUUUUGUCCUCAGUUUGUGUCUAUUGGAGGCUCGAAAGCAUCUUCAGACAGACCGCAGGGAGCAGAGGAGGCUGUUAGACCGUCUACAGGCUGUUGUAAGGUGGGCAGGAGCAACCAGCAGCCAUGCUGUCAUUGGACGAGCCGCUGGACUUGAAGCUUCCCUCAGGACGGACAGAUGGUCCACUCAGAUUAGGAAAGAGGGCUUGUCCCUCCUCUAUCUGCGCCCCUCUCAGCGUCACACGACCACGCCUGCUGUGCACAACCUUUCCGUCUCCACCCUCCUCCCCAGAGUCCCAGACUUCCCCUCAAGAGCGACCCGGGUCCUGCUUCAGUCCUCCAGCCAUGGACCUCAGCCUGUCACCCUCCUCCCGCCAUGCCUCCUCCCUCUCCCCGUCUCCUUCCUCCCCUUCCUCCCCCUUCCCCUCCUCCCCCCUGGAGUCCCCUCACAGCAGCAGAAGCCCUCAGCCGCAUCUCUUCUCACGGGAACCAGCUCGUCAUCCAGGUCUGGAGGGCGGCGCUUCACCAAAGGGUUAUCCAUUUUAUCUGCCGAUUGGCAGCCCACCGAGGGCGUACAGCUUUCCCUCCUCUAUCUUCAUCGGUCCGAACAGAGAGAAGCAAGUUUCACCAGAGCCCUCACUGGACGGUCAGCUGGCCUGCCGUUGGAUGAAGUGCCACCUGCUGUUCGACUCGCUGCAGGACUUGGUGGAUCACAUCAACGACUUCCACGUCAAGCCUGACAAGGACUCUGGAUACUGCUGUCAGUGGGAGGGCUGUGCUCGUAACGGCAGGGGCUUUAAUGCCAGGUAUAAAAUGCUGAUUCAUAUCCGCACACACACCAAUGAGAAGCCGCACCAUUGUCCCACCUGUAACAAGAGCUUCUCACGGCUGGAGAACCUGAAGAUACACACCCGCUCACACACAGGAGAAAAACCCUACAUCUGCCCUUAUGAAGGCUGCAGCAAACGUUACUCCAACUCUAGCGACCGCUUCAAACACACCCGCACCCACUACGUUGACAAGCCAUACUACUGCAAGAUGGCAGGCUGCCUGAAGCGCUACACAGAUCCCAGCUCGUUACGCAAGCACAUCAAAGCCCAUGGGCACUUUGUUGCCCAGGAGCAAGGUGCUCCGAGCAGGCUGGGGGCGGGGCUAGGCCUCGCCGGGCACCAGAGUGCAGCUGAGCAGCCCUCCGUAGGCGGGGCCCACAUCCUCAUCCCUGGGGCUGCUGCAGCUCUUCUUGGAGGCCUGGGGACCUCUUUGCCUCUCUCUGCUUUCUGCCACGCCAGAGCCCUGGGCCACCACAGGGCACCACUCUUCUCCAUGGGCGGAGGGAGCGGCAUGGGUCCGCUCAGCCUCUCAGACUCUCCUCUGCUACACUUUGGACUUUCAGCUGCAUCAGUGUUGGGGCUGGGAGCACUUGGAGGUCUGGGACGGAUGGCAGGGAAGGAGACAGAAGGCGAAGAGGAGGAGGAGGAUGGAGAGGAGGGGGAGGUGCUGAACCUGUCUGCAGGAGUGGGGCACAGACGAAGUGACCCUUUGUCCUGGGUGGUUGUUCCCCCGAGGGCACUCCUCCUCAAACCAGCUGUUGUCAGCUAAGGUGUGCACUCAGCGAUGCAUAGAACCAGGGAGUGUGUGUUUUUCUGUGUCCAUGGUUGAGUGUGUGUGUGUGUGUGUGUGUGUGUGCAUGUGAGGGAUCAAGGGUAGCUGACACCUGCAGAGCCAUAAAAAGCACUUCAGUCAUUCCAGCCCAGAAACAACUAAAGACAGACUGAUAGACUGAAGGACACAAGUCUGUGUUGAGUCUACAAAGCCUGCACAAGAACUUGUUGGGUUGUGUGUUGGGUUGCAAAGGUUUUACACUUUAAAGGGUCAGUUCGUCCAAAUGACAAAAAGUAUUUUAAAAAAGUACCCUUAGUGAUAUCUGGCCGUGCAGAUCUAUCUACAUCUACUGACAUUUUAAGGUAUUUUUCUUAGAUUUUAGUAAAAACAGCAUUAAAAAGGACAUUUGAAAGAUUUAACACUAACUUUUCUUUUUAUAAAGUUCUUAUCCACAGGCGUCACUGUGAACACUUUCUUUAUUUGCACGACUUUGCAAUAAGAUUUUUCAAAUGUAAUUAAAGCCAGGCAAAGGAUAGCAUUGGAAAUAGGUCAUUUUAUACAGACAUUUAUGGUCCCCAGAAGAUGAAUCCUACCAGCCGGUGUGAUCCUUUGACCUUUCGUCUAACGCCAUCAUCAGGUCAACAUUUUAAUUUGGAACCCUGUCUCCUAGAAACUACGUUUGUAUGUAACUAAACUUUCUUAAUUACAUAGUGGCAACGUGAUUGCUGCCUAAAGUUUCUUUCAGGUAACAAUACACUACAUUCAUGUAUCAAGUAGACUUCAGAGGGAGGUGUUUGGGUUGCUUUGGGUUUGAAUCUGGGUUCCUGUCUUACGUUUAGGUAACAAAUGCGCUUUGGUUGCUGAUACCUUCAGUAUCAGUAUUUUUGCAACAUGGUAGACACAUUUUAGCAACAUUUUCCCGUGAUGUUACCAGAAAACGUAAUCUGCUUGGCAUUAAAUUUCCCUCAAAAUGUAUUUGUCAUUUUAAAUUAGUUUCUAGGAGACAGGGCAAUUUGUCCAAUUCUUUGGCCACUUACCUGCAAAAAUACGACAUCCACAUCAAAAUUCUUUGCGUUUAUCGCUUAUAACAAAAUGUAAGCAUGCCAACAUGCCAAAUUAAGAUUAAAAUUAAAAUUGCUAACAUCUUAUUUGCUUAGCAUUAGCCUGUCCUGUUGCAAUGCCAUGAGCCUUACAUAUCAAACUCCUAACUGUAUAUAGCAGAUGUUUUUGAGGUGGAUAUCUCUAAACCACAUCUGUCUGCAUGGCUUGAUAUCACAUAAGUGAGAAAUAUGUUUGAAUCAGAUGAACUGACCCUUUAAUAUUCAUUGAUUCACCCAGUGACUGUAUAAAAAGAUGGGCAACAUGCCUCCACUUCCUCCAGACUGUACAAAAAUGAUGUCAAAAUAUCCUGAACAUGGCCACUGCCAUCUUGCUCUGAGGACGUCAUUUGGUGCUACAGCCAACACACUAGCCGUCUCCAUGGUAUCGACCAAUGGCAAGCAGCACCAUUGAUUGUUAGCACACCAAUUGGCACACACAGCUGUCAAAUAACGGAUUAAAACCAAAGUUAUCAGAAAAGCGAUAAGAACUACCUAAAUUGACAGAAACCAUCUUUGCGAAAAAUAUAUUUGAUGUUCACUUUGAUCUUUUAGUUUGGCCCAUGUCCCAUCCUCUAACAUGGAGGGGGCGGGGUUUAUGACUUAUACUGUACAGCAGCUGGCCACCAGGGGGCGAUCGAGAUGUUCUGGCUUCACUUUUUGGGAGCUGUCAUAUCAUCCAUCUUUAUAUACAGUCUAUAGAUUCACCCAUCGCCUUCCAUUCAUCUACACUUUGACUUCAUGGUCAAAAAACAUGUUACAGUGGACAAUCACCUGUAUUAUAUUUACUGAUCCAGGUCAUGAAAGAGCAGAUGCACUAACCAUUUUGUAGUUUUUACGUUCGACAACCCCCACUGACUGCUGCCAUAGACCCAUUUUUACUCAUAAAUAAAUAUGGGCAGAAGCAGGAUUGCGGGGAGCAACAAGAAGAACAUUAAUGAUUACGCGUUGUAGACUUCAACAUUGUUACAGUCAUUGUAUUUUUUCCUACAGGCAAAAUGAAGAGUUUGUGCAAUUAAGGGGUUACAUUUCAAAAUAAGAUAUCGAUCAGUUAAAAAAAUCGACACUAAAUCCCAUAAAAUUACAGCUGAUGUUAAAAACAUGUUUUUGUGAUAAUUUUUAAUACAACUGUUUACAAAAUAUUUAUGCUUGAGAAGAUGUUACAGACUUUACAUGGUAGUCUGGUUACAAAAUUAACUCAAGGUGAUCGGGUGUCUUACUCAGUCAUGUCAUUUAAAGAAGGUUUCUGUGGAUUUGAUACUAUCUGGUGGUAAUUACUUGUCAUGUGCAACUUGCUUCAUUUUCAAGCCCACACAAACAAAAUAAUUAAUAGGGUUCAUGAUACGAUAUUAUAUUGAUUCUGUGGACAAUGAUACAAUAUUUGCUGAUAUCACAAAGUCUGCCACGACAUGAUUUCGAUUUGAUUCAGUUCAGGGGGCUGCGAUCGAUAUCAGACAAUAUAUUGAGACGAGACGAAGGAGGUGUGCUUGGACAGAAAUGGUGACAGAUGCUCCAUAGGAAUACCUCUUUAAAGUGAUGAUAUGCAUCAAUGGUUUCACUUUGCAUCGAUAAUAUUGGAUCGUUGAUCAUCGAAUUGAUAUAACGAUCCGAACAAUGUAUAGUUACACCUCUAAUAAUUACCCCCCUUGAGUAAAACUCAAAUUGCAUCAUAAUUUAUGAUGCAGUAAUCCCACUGAUUGUACAGUGACCUGAGUUUGUCUGUCAGCUGCUCUGUGGUUUGUUUGAACCCACGGAGACCUUGACGUUUACGACACUACAAUGUGUGACGAAAGACGAUAAUCUACACAAAGCUAUCUGUUCGACCAUGUGAUUUUCCAAGUCGCAAGAAGAAAGACAUAAACUGUGUUGACGCAACUGAAUGUAGGUUUGAGUUAAACUCCUUCGCUUGCAGUUUAUUUUAGCUCAUUCUUUGCUCUAAUAAUCAUUCCAAGACAACGAUCUAGACUGGAUCUGCCCUGCCUUUACGACAAGACCAACUGAGGUAAACAUUCAAGCGGGAAUAAAGUAGACAAAGGUGUGUAUUACACAAUAAUGAGUACACAUUUGCUUUACUAAAAAGGUACACAGAAAUAAACCAAACAGUGGUUUAAAGAGCUGCCUCGAAUAUUUUUGAAGGGGAAAUGUUUGACAAUGGCCACGUGUGGCCAGUAUCUGUGUCGAUUUAUCUCGUAUCCUUGUUUGCACAUUGAUUGAUCCUAAUCAGUAUUUCAAUGGUGUCCAAGUGCCUUGUGUUUCAUCCGAAAUAUACCACACAAUAUAUGAAAAAUAUUUACACAAAUGUAAAGUGUAUAAAUGUACUUUUCAUUGCAUUUUAGAAAACUGAAGUUUAAUAAUAUGACAACAGAUGUGAUUUGUACAUCAGGGCCACUGCAACACUUUCCAAGGAUGUCACCAGUGUUGAUGACUGUGACAAUGACUCAAUGUCAAUAAACACAAAUUUAAAAAAAAAUCUCUGCGUGUUGUGUUUAGAUGCCUGUCCUGUGU